ACGGGCCCGGCCUUUCUAGUUCUGUGUCUCGGCGAUUCUCUUGCGGGUUGCAUGUGGUUUUCUUCAAGUGAUUCUGGAUAGUCCCGGGAGAGGACUGGCGAAAUCCAAGAAAUUCUCCUUGGAGCCCGGGUGCCUCCGCGGACCCUCGGGGCCCAUCGGAGAAAUAAGGCAGAGUCACUAUAAUCAUUUCUAACACCAGUUUCAAACUACUUACUUUUGGAUAAGAGUCCAAUCAUAUGAAAUUAUGGCUGGUUAUAAGCCUGUAGCUAUUCAGACAUAUCCUAUACUUGGUGAAAAAAUCACCCAAGAUACACUGUACUGGAAUAACUAUAAGACUCCUGUUCAGAUCAAGGAGUUUGGUGCAGUGUCAAAAGUAGACUUUUCUCCACAGCCUCCAUAUAAUUAUGCUGUCACAGCUUCUUCAAGGAUUCACAUUUAUGGCCGAUACUCCCAGGAACCUAUAAAAACCUUUUCCCGAUUUAAAGACACAGCAUACUGUGCUACUUUUCGACAGGAUGGUAGAUUACUUGUGGCGGGCAGUGAAGAUGGUGGAGUUCAGCUUUUUGACAUAACUGGGAGGGCUCCCCUCAGGCAGUUUGAAGGCCAUACUAAAGCAGUUCAUACAGUAGAUUUUACAGCUGACAAAUAUCAUGUGGUCUCUGGGGCUGAUGAUUAUACAGUUAAAUUAUGGGAUAUUCCAAACUCCAAAGAAAUUCUGACAUUGAAAGAACAUUCUGAUUAUGUGAGGUGUGGAUGUGCUAGCAAACUGAACCCAGAUCUCUUUGUAACAGGGUCCUACGAUCACACUGUGAAGAUGUUUGAUACGCGAACAAACAAGAGUGUUAUCUCUGUUGAGCAUGGGCAGCCAGUGGAGAGUGUCCUGCUUUUUCCCUCUGGAGGUCUUCUGGUAUCAGCAGGAGGUCGUUAUGUUAAAGUCUGGGACAUGCUAAAAGGAGGACAAUUGCUAGUAUCUUUGAAGAAUCAUCAUAAAACUGUGACAUGUUUAUAUCUGAGCAGCUCCGGGCAGAGGUUACUCUCUGGUUCAUUGGAUAGGAAGGUGAAAGUAUAUAGCACAACUUCCUACAAAGUAGUCCACAGUUUUGAUUAUGCAGCUUCAAUUUUGAGUCUUGCCCUUGCACAUGAAGAUGAGACAAUUGUUGUAGGAAUGACCAAUGGAAUACUGAGUGUUAAACAUCGGAAAUCUGAACCAAAGAAGGAUUCUCUUCCCAGAAGAAGAAGGCCUGCGUAUCGAACUUUUAUUAAAGGGAAAAAUUACAUGAAGCAACGGGAUGACAUUUUGAUUAAUAGGCCGACAAAAAAACACUUAGAAUUGUAUGACAGGGAUCUGAAAAAUUUCCGGAUCUCCAAAGCACUUGACAGAGUUCUUGAGCCCACUUGUACAAUAAAGACACCUGAGAUUACAGUGUCCAUCAUAAAGGAGCUAAAUCGAAGAGGAGUCCUUGCAAAUGCCCUUGCCGGUCGGGAUGAAAAAGAAAUCAGUCGUGUCCUUAAUUUUUUGAUAAGGAAUCUCUCCCAGCCAAGAUUUGCUUCUGUUUUGAUCAAUGCUGCUGAAAUAAUUAUUGAUAUAUAUUUGCCUGUGAUCGGUCAGUCACCUGUAGUUGAUAAAAAGUUUCUGUUACUUCAAGGACUUGUAGAAAAAGAGAUUGAUUAUCAAAAAGAACUACUAGAAACCUUGGGGAUGAUGGAUAUGCUUUUUGCUACCAUGACAAGGAAAGAAAGCACUUCUAUGUUACAGCGUACAUCUGAACUUCCAGAGAACAAGAAAGUAGACUCAUAGUGCUUGCUUCAUAAGACACAUAAGAAUUACUAACUUGAGGUAGAUUUGAUUCUGUUAACUGUAUGAAAGAGAAGCUCUUUGACACAUUUUAAAAAGUUACUUACAGAAGCAAUCUUUGGAAGAAACUGGAUACCUAUAAUUGGAAAGAAAAUAAGUAGCUGUUUUAUGACAUGUUUUCCCAUGUAAUAGUUGGAAUUAUUUCACGGCAUUUUUGGCUAGAAGACCUUAAUUGUCUUGGUCAUAGUGCAUGUCCACCUUGGACAAGUUGAUGUUAGUUUUAAUACAGCUAAGUUCUGUAUCAGCAUUUGGGUAGGCAUUCAAAGCUGGAGAGAGAGAUUCAACUGGGAAUCCUGCCAAAGGAACAGGCCUUUAUUUUUUAAUCUUCUUCUGCCCGGUGGAAAACAGAACAAAUGGCAACACAAAGUCUCUAAUCAGUGCUCCUGGGAUUUCCAGAGGCCAGCUGAGCUCCCCGCCCCUCUCCUGGACAUCAUCCCUUAUCCUGGGUCACAUGUUCUGCCUCUGCUGGUAACAGGACUACAGCUGUUCUACGUGUGGCAAGUCACUGGCCCACUCUGAGUAACUGGUGCCAGUUAGACAUGUGUUCAGGAGAGUGAUGAGGCAGAUUUGAUGCUUAAAUAUUGUGCUCGCCACCCAGGUUUUCUUUUUAUUUCUUUGAUCUUGACUACCAUUAUCAGAACAAGGUCUAUACGUAGUCCUUAUUGGACCACGCUGUUGUUUUCUUUUUUCCUUCCUCUUGAUAGGCAGUCUUUCUACCAAUGAAAAUUUGCCAUUUCUCUUGUAAGAAAUAGCCUUUCAGCCUUUUAUACAUAUAUUUGGAACUUAUAUGUAGCUACCUACCUCUCUCGAGACCAUUUUCUCUGACCUGUAUUUAGACUUUUUUCCUUUACACAGUCAUCUUGUGUUUCAGAAUCCCAAGCCUGAGUAGCUGGCUUUGGGGAAAAAGCUGUAUUUUUUAAAAAGUUCAGUAUAAAUUACAUUUUUUAAUGAGAUUCCUCUUUCUUUGUUUUCUGAGAUGUACCCAUUCCUGUUGGCUGUUUUCACACUUGCUACCUCUCUCACCUUCCCCCAAUUCCUGUCCCACCCCAAGUAGUUAAUUAUCUGUAAGGAAAUACACCUUGGGCUAUAAAAACCUUAAGUUAAAGGAAGUUUUUGUAAUGGGAAUCUCCUCUUAAGACUUUAGUUCUGUGAAUUCUGAUUUCUUUUUUUUAAGUAGAAAAAAAAUAUUUCUGUGUCUGGUAAGGACAUAGGCUCAAAAAAGGGGUCUAGGUUCCCUUUCAUGAAUUGAUUCAAGCAGCCAUACAAUACAAUGGCUUGUAAGAAACCAGGAGUUUGCUUCCUCAUGUAAUUACGAGAUUAGCCAUGCUCAUAAAUUGUUCAUGUUGAGAAGGGUUAAUUUAUAUAAAUAAAUUUUGUAUUUAAAAGUUUUUAAAAAUUGAACUUCUUAAGUAUGUAUACUAAUAAAAAUGAGAAGUUAAUUCUAUC